UUUCUGCAGCAGAGCAAAGCAAGCAGAGCUUUCAGAUGAAAUCAGGAUGUGACAUCACUGACAGGAAAAAAAAGGCAGAAGAGCAAAAUUCUUAAAUGUAAACUCCCACGAGUUGUUGAAUGAGUGUGUGCAGCAGGGUGCUGUGAAAGGGGAAUUUUUAUAGAAAUUCCAAGCAAAUCCUUGAAGCUAGCAAAACAAAUUUGUAUGAAGUGAAGAGAAAGGAUUACCACAGCAGGUCGGGCAUACUGUCUGCUUUGAAGAGGUAGACGUAAUACCCAGGGAAAAGUUCACUCAACAAAGAAGCUGGCGUGAUCUUCACCUAGUCUCCCACAUUCCUUUCCAUCACUUGUUGAAAAUCUUGCAAUCAGCAGGGAGGCAUUUGCCAUCAACAAAGAACAGAAAUUAGGAAGAAGACCCCAACUCAUUUAUGCUUCAGUUGGUGUUUGAUGACUGUACAAGAAUGGCCCUUUGCUUGAAGCAGGUUUUCAACAAAGAUAAAACAUUUAGACCGAGGAAAAAAUUUGAACCAGGCACACAACGCUUUGAGCUGUACAAGAAGGCUCAGGCCUCACUCAAAUCUGGCUUAGACCUGAAGGUAGUAGUGAGACUGCCUCCUGGGGAAAGCAUUAAUGACUGGAUUGCAGUCCAUACAGUGGAUUUCUUCAACAGGAUUAACCUCAUCUAUGGGACAAUAUGUGACUUUUGCACAGAGAAGACAUGUCCGGUGAUGUCAGGGGGUCAAAAAUAUGAAUAUCGCUGGCAGGAUGAUCACAAAUACAAAAAGCCCACCAAGGUGGCAGCACCUCUGUAUAUAACUUUGUUGAUGGACUGGAUUGAGACACACAUUAACAAUGAGGACAUCUUCCCCACUAGAGUUGGUGUCCCAUUUCCAAAGAACUUCCAGCAGGUGUGUAAGAAGAUCCUUACUCGACUUUUCCGGGUUUUUGUUCACGUUUACAUUCAUCAUUUCGAUCGUGUCACCUGCAUGGGUGCAGAAGCACAUGUGAAUACAUGCUACAAGCAUUACUUCUACUUUGUUUCAGAAUUCAGUCUGAUCAACCCUCGAGAGCUGGAACCACUGAAAGAAAUGACUGAGAGGAUCUGCAUAUGAAACAACUGCAGCAACAUCAUUCUUCUUUAAGGGUGUUCCCUGCAAAGAUCAAAGACAUUGGACAGUUUGAAAAUCGGACUGACUUAUUCUGCAGGAAUAAACAGAUUACAGAUCCGUAAUGAAUUACACUGGAGCCAUGAAAAAAUCUUGUUGUAUUUUGGGAAGCUGGGCCUGUGAAUAUUAAUAAACUACUGAGUAGGGUAUUCCCUCUGUGAAUAUAUUAAAAAAGAAACGAGGAACAUUUUUGUAUACAA